AUGGCUUUGAGAAGAAGAAUAACCUAAACGGAGAGAUUCCAAUAAUCCACCAUAACCAUACCUUCCUUCGCCGUCUCCUGCUUUAUUCGACAAAAGGCAAUCCUGUUCUGUCUCUGUUCACGCUUCCAGGAAGGAAUUUGAAUGGAUAUUCUGUGGAACGCUUGUUGGAAUGCCUCAGACGACGACGAAGAAGAACAACCCAAACAACAGAUAUUGUCGUUCUCUUCUACUGUGGCACUUCAGCCCCGUUCAGUGGAGCAGAAAUCAGAAGAAAGCAUGCUUGGUAAACUUCCACAAGGGCACUUUCUUCUUUCUUAUAGACAUGACCACACAUCUAGGAUUAUCUAUUAUGUUGGAAAGGGAUUGCAGACUCAGGUUUUCAGGCAAUUGGUUGAGCUAGACAAUUCAAAACUCUUCCUUUAGGGAUGGGCAGAGGGUCAUAUUAAACUAAUGGAUGCUUGGAAAACAAAUGGAUUAUUAUAAUCGAGAUUUAGAUGUGAUGCUGGAUGUUGAGUUCAAAAUGAAUGGGAACUAAUGCAUUUCUUCUAGUGAUGAAUCUCUGGUAUAUCAAGGGAGGUACCAUUGCCUAAUCAGUUCAGUAAAUGGAGCUCUCCACUUCUCACCCUCCAUUCCUUCCCACCUCAUAGAGGCUGAGGAUGAAGAAUAACACUUAUUUUAGGGAUAACUCUAACAGAGUUCUGUCAACGGCAAUCAUGAAGAAAGAGGAGAAUACUGAAAGCUAAAAAGGGAAUCUAUGAUGGUGGCUCACUCUAACCAUUUCAUUCGAGGAAACUAUUUGGGUGAUCAACACUUUCACUCUAACAUUAACAAUGGUGAUGGUGUUCAUGCUUUGGAUUGGUAUCACUCUCUUCCAAUGUCAUAUGCAGAAGCUCCAACUGCCGGUGCUAAUGUAAGGAGAAGAUAUAAUGAUAGAGCUGGAAGGAGAAGGUGCCACAGAUUUCUCCAUAGGCCAUACCGUCAUGUAGAAGCUCCAACUGCCAGUGCUAAUGUAAGGAGAAGAUAUAAUGAUAGAGCUGGAAGGAGAAGGUGCCACAGAUUUCAACAUAGGCCAUACCGUCAUGCACAACCUGUGCAAGAGAUCCGAUGUCAGUCUAACUUUCAUUCCCACGUAAAUAGAGUUCCAACGUCAACAAAUCAUUCAAGUUCUUCAAUGCCCAUACAAAAUGCACCUCGUAGAGACAACAUGCAUAACCAUCAUCCUCGUGCACUUCGUGAAUUUCCUUCAUAUAUGCUCAUGGACACUGAUGUACAGGAAUUUCCUUCAUAUAUGCUCAUGGACACUGAUGACGAGUCAUAUGAGACAUUUUCUAAUGUUCAGGAACCUUCUUCACUAGGUGACCCUCACAAUGAUAUACGUUUGGACAUUGAUGACAUGUCAUAUGAGGCAAGUAUACUAUAUAUGUACAGUCUCAUGUAUAUUUUUAUGAAUACUAAAACCUUAGUGAUUAUGAAAAACUUUAAAUUGCUAACUGUUCGAAAUGGGACAAUAGGAGUUUCUUGAGUUAGGUGAAAGGAUCAAUGACAACUCGGAAAGAGGUUUGUCUGAAGACAUUAUUGUUAGACAAAUGCAGACAAAAAGUUGUCUACUACCUGAGAACUUCAAGGAUGAGGAAACUGAUAUUUGCAUCAUAUGUCAGGAUGAAUACAAAAAUAAAGAAGAGAUUGGAAUUCUUCAAUGCGGACAUGAAUACCAUGCAAAUUGUAUAAAGAGAUGGUUACAUAAGAAAAAUGUCUGUCCCAUGUGCAAAUCAAAAGCAUUGACCAUAUAUAGAAGCGAAAAUUAGAAACACAAUUCAUUGUUCCAGCCAAUUCAUAUUUUGUUGUCUAUGAAGUAGUACAUAUUGCUAGCAUUUAUGUAAUACUGAACAAAGUGGUUGUUUACUAUUUUCAUGAACUAGUAAA